UACUCAACUCAAUGUCAUUAUUAUGAAACACGGAAGCGUAAGUUAACGUUAGCCUGUUUGCUUGCAGGUUUAUUCAGAGAUGUGGAUUUCAGUUGAAUGCAGUACAAAAAGAUUUUGUUCACAAUCACUAUUACUAUUGUAUUACUUCUCUCUAAGUAAGUCAGUGACAGAAUGAGAAUACACACCGCGUAUUCAGCCCUUAAGGCGAGCUUUUCCACUAUUAGAUAUCUAGGCUCUAGCAGGUAUGCAGUUAAUGUUUGGUUAGCUGACACUCCGCCUAGCUUUAUCUUGCGUCGUGGACUGCGCAAUGCACGUGGAAUUGUUUUGAAAGAAUCUGUGGUUAAGGCGGCUUCCUCAGUGCUCAUGAAUGGAAAGGAGACCUGGGAUAGUGGCGGGCCGCGUCCACAGAAGUUGGCCAAAAGUCAGUCUGCUGUGCUGGAUGAGUGGCUAGGGCAAAGUGGUCUGAUCCAUAAAAACUCAGAGAAAGCAAUAGGCGAUGGUGAAAGUAAAUGUCUUGAGGAGGUGCAGGAGGAGAUGAUGGAGAAGAAAGCAACUCCAGAGGCCAGUGGGUGCAUCACCUGCCCCACCGGUGAAGACAUUGUUAGGGAGGUACAGAAGGAGGGAAUUGGCUCAGAGACAGAAGCCCAAGUGCAAGAAGGUGUAGUCCAAACAAAAAUCCACGUGUUGAGUAGUGACAUGGCGGAGGGAGAUGCGUCUCGAGAAGACGUGGAGAUGAAGGAAGAGAGAGUUGAGCCAGAGACAGAAGUCCAAGUGCAGGAGGAUUUAGUUCAACCAAAAAUCCACGUGUUGAGCAGCGACAUGGCGGAGGGAGAUGCGUCUCAGGAUAGCGUGGGGAUGAAAGAAGAGGGAGUUGAGCCAGAGACAGAAGCCCAAGUGCAGGAAGAUUUAGUUCAAACAAGACCAAAAAUGUUGAGCAGCAACAUGGCGGUGGGUGAUGCUUCUCAGGAAGACGUAAAGAGAGAGGAUGGGGGAACGACACCACCACCAGUUGCUCAGGGAGGAGAGUCUGCCUCAACUAAUGAUAACCAAGCCACUGGUGUAGAGGCUUAUGCUGCCCAGGCAGGUUUAGAAACGCAUCCUCACACCUCGUCCAGUCACCUCCAGGGACGUCCCAUGACGGACUGCCUGCUCAUGGACCUGGGCGCCCUCCUCGCUGAGACCCCGACAUGUGGCAGUGCCCCCCAGUUUAAGACUGAGCCCCCCCACCCUGAGAUGGAGGGCUGGCACUUCCCAGCAGGGCAGGGCUUGGCAGACAUGGUACAUCGCCCUUACUGGCAGUUCCCAGCCAUGAGCUACUAUCCAGCCCUGCAGGAGAACACCGAGUUUAAAGUAAUUUGGCGGGUAUGGGAAGAUCUGCCUGGACCCCAAGCUGAGGCAGCAGCUCCUCAGGUGAUUGACCAAGACUCAGGCUCCUUGUUUAAGUUCUCCGUCAUGUCCUACAACAUCUUGGCUCAGGACCUACUGGAGGCCAACCCUGAACUCUACAAACACUGCUCAGAUGCGGUGCUGGUCUGGAGCGCCCGUCUCAAGGGGAUUAUCCAGGAGAUUCAAGCCUGGUGGCCAGAUAUUCUGUGUUUGCAAGAGGCUCAGGAAGACCAUUUCAAGACACAGCUCCAACCUGUCCUCAAUAGCAUGGGGUACAGCUGUGUGUACAAGCGGCGGACAGGAUCCAAGACGGACGGAUGUGCCGUGUGCUACCAGAACAACCGCUUCUCCCAGCUCUCCGUGACUCUCCUGGAGCUCCGUAAGGACGGAUGUGAGCUGCUGGACCGCGACAAUGUGGCCAUUGUGUUAUUGCUGCAGCCAAUCACCUCUCAUCAGUGCCACGACCAGAGGGGCACCCCCAUAUGUGUGGCCACCACCCACCUGCUGUUCAACCCCAGGAGAGGAGACAUCAAGCUGGCCCAGCUGGUGCUGGUGAUGGCGGAGGUGGAUAAAGUGGUGAAGCACUGCAAGGACAUGGGGCGAGAGUGCGAGGUGGUUCUCUGUGGAGACUUCAACUCUUUCCCCAAUAUGCCACUGUAUCAGUUCAUCAGCACAGGACAGCUCCAUUACCAUGGCUUACCAGCCUGGAUGAUAUCAGGCCAGGAGGAUCUGUCACACCAAACUCAUCCCAGAAGAGUCUUCGCUCCCCUGUUGCCUAGCAGCCUCGGCAUCAACGACAACUGCCAGUAUGUAACUACGAGGAAGGCCAGGCCACGGCCGCCAGGAGCAUUAAAUUACGAACAUGACUACAUGCUUAAUCUACGGUACAGCCAGGCAGCUCGUGUGCGGCCAAAAGACCUGGAGCUUAUACCUGGAGUCACAGACAACUCGCCUGAUCAACAUGAAAAGCAGCCAUCUCCUCAAACGUUCCGGAACACAGUCUGCCACUGCCUGGACUUGAGAUCCGCCUACACUCAUAUCAUCACUGGAACAGACAGACCCGAGGUAACCACGGUACACUCCAGUGCGGGAGCAACAGUCGAUUAUAUCUUCUACUCCGGAAAAAGUAAACACAGCCAAGGCCAAACAGACAAAGGACUGCAAGGAGGCCUAGAGCUAAUAGGAAGAUUGUCUCUCCUGUCCGAAGCAGACUUGUGGGCUUUGAGAGGUCUGCCCAAUGAGAUCUUUACCUCCGACCAUCUCAGCCUAUUGGUCAAAUUUCAGCUGCGCAUCAGCCCACUCUGAUGUCACAGAGGGAUUGUUAUGUGACUGUGAUUGGCCAUCUACUGUACACAGGAAGUGUAUAGAUUAAUGGCCUUAAUGGACGAUGGACAUGCGCCACAUCUUAUACAUCAUGACAUCAUGAUGGGUUCUGCUUAUUUCUGGUUCAAGUUGGAUGUCGAGAGACAUCCUGUUAAGAUUUCAUCCCAGUGUUUGUGUUCAAGCUGCAUUCAGAAAAUAAUUUCAGCAAGAGACAUUUUUCAGCCAGUUCAAAAGGGUCUCUUUGUUCCUUUUUAACACAAUUUUAUAGUUGAGUUGAAAACUUCAGAAUUUUAUAUUUACAGUGGUUAUUCGGGAUAUAAUUUAAGGAAAUGUUGAAUUGGCUCAUCAAUUACAUCAAUGGAGCAGACAUCUGCUGCAGGAUUUACAAGAGGGUUCUAAACUUUUGUACUCCAAGGCAUCGACGCCAAUUUUGUUUCAAAUAUUUAUAUGAUGAAGAUACAGACUUUAUACUGCAGAUUCUAUGAACCUCAUGGAAGGAAUAUUCAAGUGAUUUUCAGGUUUCUGAGCCAGCCUGAUGGUUUGAGCUAAAAGGAUUUUUAUUUUAUCUAUGGAAAUAAUUUGUUAAUAAACAUGUAAUUUUCUAAGAAA